ACAGUGUUUGCUUUGUAUUUUAUUGCACGGAGACUAAAGCCAAUCUGAGUGCACUGACCUCUGAAGCCAGCGGUUGGUUCUCACAGGUGGAGUUGUGCGGGGAGUUAACUGGUUUGAGGGACACCUUUGAGUUUCUAUUUACAAAGAGAGGCUGGGUCACGUGAGUUGGACUUUGGCCAGUAAGCAGGAAAAGCUGUAAUUUAUUAUGUGAGGAUACCAGAAGCUCCUGUGAGUACUUUUCCCUGUGAAGGUUUAAGGCCCGGUUUAUACUUCAUAUCGCUUGGGUCACAUUGGUCGCCAGGCCAUCGGAAAGGAAUCGCUGCAAAAUGUGGCCGGUCUCUGAUUGACGCCGAUCUCAACCAGUGUAGCAAUCAGGUUUGGUCAAGAAACGUUCAUUCGCUUUAAACUUCGUGUGGUGGCAUAAGCCAAAGAAAAUUCUGGUGAGGAAUGUGCACGACAUUUAAGGAUAGAUUCUAAACGGAUCCAACAAUGGUGCAAGCAGAUGGGUGAUAUUGAGAAGACGGUUGCAGAAAAAGGAGCAACAAGCAAACAUUUCCUGGUGGAGAUGACAAGAGCAACAAAUUAGAAAAAAGUGGUUUUAACGUGGAUUAUUGAGUAAUGGCCGCAUGUCUCCAGGGAAAGUGAUCUGCAUGACAACCGGCAAGAAUUUUUGGUACGAAUGCUUUGAUGCUUUGAAGAGGAAAGAAACAUUCGCUUAUCAUAAGAUAAUAGGUACAAUUUUGUCAUCACUUCAAUAAAUCCUGAAAUGUUCAUCUGGUGUUGUUGUCUACAUGUUGUGACACACAAAAUAAACCCAUUAGCCAUCACCAUUCUGUCUUUGAUGGAAUAAACGUCGGAGUCCAAUAGACGCCUAUCUCUAAUAAACACCAUAAAUUUGGGAUAUUUGAAGAUAUACGAUAUACCUAUGUCAAGCGAUUAGAAGACGUGAUGGUGUAGCAGAUAUUGUCAUUAUUUCCAUUGUAAAUACAAGAGGGAUAAGAGAGUAUUUCAUUUUCACUUCAUGUUUACUUUUUAAUGCAGCUAUAAGUUCAGCUAAACUGGAUUAAGAUGUAAAGCAGCUGGCAAAUCAUUUCAAAUGUAACUGUUUUGUAAGUAUAGUUUUUUGGUGUUUAGGGCGAUUGAUCCAAUGGACGAUGACUAUGAAGUUUGAACCGGGCAUUAGACAACAAUUGAACAUUUUCUGUUCCUGCCACAGAGGUCAUGUCUGCCCCCGGCGGCCUUCUGUCAGAGGUUCAGUUCCAGUGCUGCAUCUGUCAGGAUGUUUUCUCUGAGCCUGUCUCCAUCCCCUGUGGCCACAGCUUCUGCCUUACCUGCAUCACAUCCCACUGGGAUGACAGCGCCGUCAUUAGCUGUCCCAAAUGUCAAACGGCGUUCCACGGCCGCCCUGAGUUUUGCGAAAACUCUUUUGCCAAAGAAAUGUCGGAGCAAAUCCGAUCCAGAAGGCAGAGCGGCGUGACCCCGCUGACGGCGAAAACCACACCGUGUGACGUGUGUGUAACACAGCAGGCCAAGGCGUUGAAGUCUUGUCUGGUGUGCUUGACUUCAUACUGUGAGCGCCACCUACAGCCUCACCUGAAGGUCACCAGCUUAAAGAAGCACAAACUGACUGAUCCCGUGGCGAUGCUGCAGAACAGAGUGUGCAAACGACACCAGAGGCUUUUGGAGCUGUUCUGCAGAAAUGACCAGAGGUGUGUUUGUGUGCUCUGCAAUGAAACUGACCACAAAGGUCAUGACACUGUGCCUUUGGAGCAAGAGAGCAGUGAGAAGAAGGCUCACAUUACAAGGAUUGAGGCUGAUGUGCAGCAGAUGAUCCAGAGGAGAGUCCAACAAGUCCAGGAGAUCAAACGCAACAUUGAACAAAGCAAAGAAAACACAAACAGAGACAUAGAGGAGAGCUCAGCGGUUUUUGCCGCUCUGCUUCGUGCUGUCGAGAGGAGUCGAGCUGAGCUGGAGGAGGUGAUGGAGAGGAGGCAGGCGCAGGCAGAGGAGAGGGCGCAGAGGUUUAUCACAGAGCUGGAGGAGGAGAUCCACCAGCUGCAGAAGAAAAGACAGGAGAUGCAGCUCAUUUUGCAGUCAGAGGACCACAUCCACAUCCUGCAGAGGUUUCCAGCUUUGAGUUCCCCUCCUUCUGUCAAGCCCUGCUCUGACCUCCUGGUCCACUCGGACACAUGUUUGGGAGCUGUGAGGAGGGCGCUGGCCACCGUCCAGCAGCAGCUCCAAGAGGAAAUGGAAAAACUGUCGAUGCAAGACCACGAGAGGAUCCAGAAGUAUGCAGUUGAUGUCUACCUGGACCCCAAAACAGCCAACCCUUGGCUGGCGGUGUCCCAUGAUGGAAGGCGAGUGCAGGACGGAGAGAUGGAACAGGACCUGCCUGAUGCGUCCGAGCGUUUUGAUACCGCCCCCUGCGCCCUCGCCCUCAGGGGUUUCACAACCGGCCGGCACUACUGGGAAGUAGAGGUGGGAGAUAAGACGGCGUGGGAUUUGGGCGUAGCUCAAGAGUCCGUCAGCAGGAAGGGUGUUGUGACGCUGAGCCCGCAGGACGGAUUCUGGGCCGUUUGUUUGAGAAACGGCUGGGAGUACCGGGCCUGUGCCAGCCAGGCGGAGCUGCUGAGCCUCUCCAAGCGGCUGCAGGUCGUUGGCGUGUUUCUGGAUUACGAGGGCGGGACGGUGUCUUUUUACAACGCCGAUACCAAAACACACAUCUACUCGUUUGCAGAGACCCCGUUCACCCAGGCCAUGUAUCCCUUUUUUAACCCAGAAAUGAGUUACAACGGCACCAAUAAGUCACCGCUCAUCAUCCGCCCUGCCAGUGUGGUCUACAGCAGCAGGGAUUUGGAGGAUAUUACCAUAUGAUCAUAUUAUAGAAGCCAAAGGGCUAAAACAUGUAAAUCAUAUCUAGAUGUAAGUGUUUAAUGUGUGGUUUAUUAUUUAUUCAGACUAACCCAGCCUUUGUUUUUAAAGCACAUGUUACAGUGAAACUGUCGAACUGCACUUUGUUAUUAAAAACGAAUACAACAAUAA